AUAUGUGGCAAAUUACAGGGGAGAAAGUAAAGCUGCAGCACGGUUGAAGAAAACAUGGAGAAACAGAUGAACGGUGUGAUUUCCUGUCAACAUCAGAUUAAUGUCUCAGAGCUGAUGCACCAAGAAAAAGGUUCUGUAGCUGUCAGCGACAGUGUUUACCUGAAUGGGUCCUCUGAGGAGACGCAUGCAACAGAGAGCUUCAUCCACCAAGCCAUGGAAAUUAUUGAUGAAGGAGUGAAAAAGGCCACAAACGUAAAAGAGAAGGUUUGUGAGUGGCGCUCCCCCGAACAGUUGAAGGAGCUGCUGGACCUUGAGCUGAAAGACGAAGGAGAGCCUGAGUCUAAGAUCCUGCAACGCUGCAAAGAUGCCAUCACAUACAGCGUCAAAACCAGUCAUCCUCGGUUCUUCAACCAGCUGUUUGCAGGGAUGGAGCCUUAUUCCAUGGUGGCAAGCUUCAUCACRGAAGCAGUCAAAACCAGCAUAUACACGUAUGAGGUGGCUCCGGUCUUCACUCUUGUGGAGGAUGCGGUGCUGAGAAGGUUAAUGGAGAUGAUUGGUUGGGAGGAUGGAGGAGACGGACUCUUUAAUCCAGGUGGCUCCAUGUCCAACAUGUAUGCAAUAAAUUUAGCCCGAUACCUGUUCUGCCCGGAUCUCAAAGAGGUUGGGCUUUAUUCUGCUCCACGACUCAUCAUGUUAACAUCUCAAGAGUGUCAUUACUCCAUAUCUAAAUCUGCAGCUCUGCUUGGUUUUGGUACAAAGAAUGUUUACCUUGUGCCGUCUGAUGACAGGGGAAAGAUGAUUCCUUCUGCUCUGGAGGAGAAAAUAGAGCUGGCAAAAAGUGAGGGCGCGGUUCCGUUCUUCGUUAACGCAACGGCUGGAACAACUGUGUUUGGGGCGUUUGACCCCAUCGAUGAGAUCGCCGACAUAUGUGAGAAGCACAACCUGUGGCUGCAUGUGGACGAAGCCAGACGCCUUCAAGUUCUGGCUCAUGUGGAAGGCUUUGGGAACCAGCGAGCUGGAGCAGAGGGUGAACAGAGCCCUCACCAUGGCCGGAUAUCUUGUACAAGAGAUCAAGAAAAGAGAAGGAUUCCAGCUGAUAAUGGAACCUGAAUUUGCAAAUGUUUGCUUCUGGUACAUUCCGCCCAGUWUGAGGAAGCUUCCAGAAGGUCCUGAGCUUCGGAAGCAGCUGCACACUGUGGCGCCGGUGGUGAAGGAGCGRAUGAUGAAGAAAGGAAGUAUGAUGAUUGGUUACCAGGCACACGGCGACAAGCCCAACUUCUUCAGGAUGGUGGUCAUCAGCCCCCAGGUCAGCAGGCAGGACCUGGACUUUGUCCUGGAUGAAAUACACAACCUGGGAAAGGACUUGUAAUGAAGAGUCCAUGGCUGCGUCCAAAUUCAGGGGCUAGGUCUUUCCAAUGUCCUUGAUCGACCGCAAACACCAGGAAAAAAGUGGCUGUGAAUUUGGACGAUCUCGUCUUCUGCUUUAUUCCCUCAUUUACCCCAGCGUAUGCCCUGUCGCCAACUGUGACGAUUCUAAACAGAAGAAAAAUAGAUCCAAAUUAGCAAAAAUAUCAGUGUAUUAGUUUUAUUAAAACAACAAAAUGAGCUUAAAGAGAAUAUUUGAAGAACUACUACUUCUAACAGACCUGCCAUACGUGAACACAUUUACUUUGCUGUACCAGCUUGUUUGAUUUCUGACAAGAAUAACAUUAAAAAAAUGUCGAUGCACAUUACAAAACCAUUAACAACACCACCGCUGAAAAUGUUUCAUUUUUAUAUCACCAGGUUUUUAUUUAAAACUGUAUUCCUUUCUCUCGCUURGUCCAUCAUCACGAGCAAAAACAAUCUCAGGUCGGCACCGCAAUGCAUCUUGAGAGAGAGAGAGAGAGAGAGAGAGAGAGAGAGAGAGAGAGAGAGAGAGAGAGAGAAAAUGAUAUCAAGCAUUUCACUCUUCAGUUUAGCAAUUUUACUAAAAUGCUUGAAGUUCUGUUUUCUGCUCAGUUUAUUUAUCUAAUAACAAAAGCAUACGGGAGUAAAGUGCAGGGCUGUCCACUUCCAAAGUGCAAUGGUAUAAAAAGCUUGUGUUCAUACGUUUUUUUCUGGUCCACAUUUUAAUGCAGUGUCAAGCUUUGUGUUUCAAAUAAAAAGUGUUCAACUGUG